AAAGCCAUCAGAUUUACGAUUUUGAAAACGAUUCUCACAAAUGCCCAGAACACAGGCUUACUCUCACAAUUAAAGAUUCAAAAUAACAAUUUGAUUACAUUAUUAAUUGUGAACACAGACAACAUUUCCCAGCCCUAUGAAUGGCAAAUAACUGCGAUCCCUGUUAACAUAAUGUCAAAAAGUGUGACAUUGCUUUGCAUACAUGUCUCUUUCUCUCUCUUUCUAAAUGUAAAUAGGAAAAUAUAUUCGGGUCCACGUGAGUUACAGUAUAAUGAAAAUGCAGUAAUGUAUAAAGAAUGACCGACAUAGCUUUGCAUGCAUUAUAAUUUUUUCACCUCAAUUUCUCUUUCUUUCUCUCUCUCUCUCUCUCUCUCUCUCUCACUCUCUCUCACUCUCUCUCUAUCUCGGGGAGGGGUGUGCAGGCUUUUGCUCAGUGAAAACUGAUUGGUUCUCGUAGUUCCGCGCUGUCUGGAUGUUGGAAGAUUUCACAUUUUUACGCGAAUCUGGGCAAGCGUCUCCGUGAUUCUCCUAGCGUCGACCCGCAAGGACAGACGGACGGACAGCAUCGGCGGGUAUCAUGAGGUCUCCGGGGCUCUUUAUCGGUCUACGGAGCGGUCGGGUCGCCGGUGAGAACGGAAUUCUUUAAUUUAAACGCCGCGCUUCAUACCGCCCUACACCCACGCAGACAAAAUCUGUGUUUUGCGUUCCAAAAAUAAAACGCGCACUUGGCAAACCCGAGGUCCUGCUGCAUCCAUACCCGGGGAGCGAGAGCGCACGGCUGACUCGCGCGUCCCGGUUCCGUCAUGGUUCUGUGUCAGCCGCGCGUCUGAUGGUUGCGCCCGCAUCAGCAGUAUGUCCUCGCGGAAGAUCUCCUCCGAAUCCUUCAGUUCCAUGGGCUCGGAUUAUUUGGAGAGCCCGGUUGAGGACGGAGAGUGCCCUUUCUCGCGCGUCUUCUGGAACGGCAGGAGUCCUGUGGACACGCUCUCGUGUCCGUUCGAUGACGCGGCCGUCAGCAGGAGGGUCGCGCGGCGCAAACGCGUCAAUCUGGACUCGCUCGGGGAGAGUUUAAGACGCCUCACCUCACCCACGAGCCAGACGAUUCAGCUGGCCCUGCAGAGAACGGCCGAGUAUUACAGACAGAGAGAAAUCAGUGGGCAGGAGUUUGUGAGGAGCUUGUCAGAUGAGCAGAAGUGUUUGUAUGAAAACUCGCGCUGUGACACGCAGACCGACAUUUCAGGAAUAUUGAAGUACACAGCAACUAUUUUAGGUGUGGACUUUGCAGCCGUACGAGGCCGUUUCGGAGAGGAAUUCUUUGGUCUAUGCCUGGAGGAGAACGAGAGGGUUCUGCGAGCUCUCGGCGGGAGCCUGCAGGAUUUCUUCAAUGGUUUCGACGCUCUCCUGGAGCACAUCAGAACCUCCUGCGGCCGGAGAGCUACAUCUGAGGCUCCCUCUUUCCUAUGCAAAGAUGCUCCUCAGGAGAACGAAGAGACGAACGAGGAGACAGGUGGAAGGCGAACUCUUCUCCUCCACUGCUUCAAUCCCGACCCUACAGUGGGAGUGGCCAUGCCGGGGUUGAUCCGAGCCGCCGCACGACGCAUCUACCAAACAGAUGUUUCAGUGGAGGAAGCUCCUCCAACCUGGCUGCACGCGCUCAGUGAGGACAGAGAGCUCUCGGCGGACUCCUCCCCUUCCUCGUCGCCAUCUCCGCCCUCUUCUUCAUCUCCCGCCUGUUUGUCCUUCCUCAUCCGAGAGGUCCAGACUCAACCCUCUUCAUCCUCGCACCCCACGUCCCGACAGCUGUCCCGCUCACCACUCGAUUUGCGGAUAGGUCUGAGCACGUUUUGCCGGGCCUUUCCCUUCCACCUGGUGCUGGGAGCCAACAUGGAGGUUCUGCAGGUCGGGGAGGGUCUCAGAAAACAGACCAAGAGCGACCCGCACCGAACUCUCACCUUCAUCAACAGCUUUGAGCUGGUGUCUCCCAGAAUCCCCUGCACCUUCCAGAACAUUCUGUUGCGGCUGUCCACUCCGUUCACCAUUCGGACGCAACCGGACGGGUCGGCUCUUGACAGCAGGGAGAAGGUGAUGGAGCUUAAAGGUCAGAUGCUUCACCUACCCGAAUCCAACUCCAUCAUGUUCCUGGGCUCGCCGCGAGUUGAUAGGCUGGAGGAGCUCAUGGGUCGGGGCCUGCAUCUUUCUGACAUCCCCAUGCACGACGCCACGCGUGACGUCAUAUUGGUCGGUGAACAGGCCAAAGCUCAGGACGGACUGAAGAAGCGCAUGGACAAGCUGAAGGCCACGCUGGAGAACACCCAUCAGGCUUUAGAGGAGGAGAAGAGGAGAACGGUGGACCUGCUAUACUCUAUCUUCCCCGGUGACGUGGCUCAGAGACUGUGGCAGGGACUUCCCGUUCAGGCUAAAAAGUUUGAUGACGUCACCAUGUUGUUCUCUGACAUCGUUGGCUUCACAGCCGUAUGUGCGCAAUGCACGCCCAUGCAGGUCAUCAGCAUGCUGAACGAACUCUACACACGCUUCGACUACCAGUGUGGCAUACUGGAUGUCUAUAAGAUUGAAACUAUAGGUGAUGCGUAUUGCGUGGCAGGCGGGCUUCACAAGAAGAUUGACAGCCACGCUAAGCCAAUCGCGCUCAUGGCGCUUAAGAUGAUAGAGCUGUCAGAGGAAGUGUUGACGCCCGAUGGAAAGCCCAUCAAAUUGAGGAUUGGAAUCCACUCGGGUUCAGUGCUGGCUGGUGUCGUAGGUGUAAAGAUGCCUCGAUACUGUCUGUUUGGAAAUAAUGUUACGCUGGCCAGCAAGUUCGAGUCAGGCAGUCACCCGCGCUGCAUUAACGUCAGCCCCUCCACAUAUCAACUCCUGCGAGACGACCGUUCAUUCUCCUUCAUUCCUCGCUCAGGACAGGAUCUGCCCGACAACUUCCCCAAAGAGAUCCCAGGAAUCUGCUAUUUCCUGGAGGCGGGGAAGUCCCAGAGCCACGCCUCUCUCACCAGCACUCGCUCCGCCCCCAUCCGGAAAGUGUCCUACAACAUCGGGACCAUGUUCCUACGGGAGACUAGCCUCUGAGAUGGCCUCGCCCAUUUGCGACAUCAUCACGUCUGUAGACUAGCGUUGCCCGUGGCAACUGGCUGCCCCGCCUCUCGAACGAAGCUUCAGCCCCAGAAGUAAAAAACUGACUCGGUAGACUGAGAGGAGGGCCCACACCCUGGCCCCGCCCCCUUUAGGGAGCCAUGGACAAUUGUGUUCUGAAAAGACAAUAAAAAGAAAUAUAUAUGUAGAUAUAUAUUGCAAAUAAAGCCUUCUGCUUAAUGGCAUAGCCUACUACACAAACACAUAACUCAAUAGUACACAAUAGUGCAGACUUACAAAUAAUACUGACGGACUCAUGUCUACACUAACACAACCUUUUUGCAGCAUCGCAGGUUAUAGAAAUCACAUGCAUAACUUGGUGCCUUUACCCUUGAAUACGCACGCACGCACACACACACACACACACAGUUUCAAGAACACUUACAGUAUUUAUCUCCACUAACAGACUCACAACACAAUUAUUCAAUGUUACAUCUGUUCUGUGUGUGUUUAUCUCUUAUUUAAUCCAUUGUGCUGUUUGUGUGUCUGUUACAAUGUGUGUUUGUCCUCCACUUUGUGUUGAAGUUUGCGUACACACACUAUUCACACACUGUUUUUGUUAUGAAUGGAUGUGGGUCUGUGUGACGUCUAAGGCCAGUAACACACUUCACAAGUAUGCCAAUGCAGUCGGGAAUACAACCCACUGGUCAAUGCAUUUCUAGCAUACCAUCCCGUUCAUACUUCAUAUUUUAACAUUUGUCUACUUGUGGACUUUGCAGAAAUGCACCGUAAACCUAUUUUACAAUACAAGCUUUUAUAAAGCAAGAUACAAUAAUGGAGCUUAUAACUUCUGUUGUUUGAAAUAAGUUUAACACGCCAUAACAGACAUGCAAACAUUUUAUUUGUUCCAUUUCUGAUUCAGUCUUUCUUGCUAAUCUGAUCAAUGAGAUUUUUAUAAUAUUAUUUAUGUGAAUCAAGUGCAAUCCUCAACGUUGCAAAAAAAAUAUUUUCUUAAUACUUUGUACAAAUGUCUUAAACUUCUUAAAUCAAACUUCAAACUUUUCAAUAACUACUUGAGAAGCAAAAGGACCUUGAAUUAAGCCUUUUUAUGAAAAGUCCAGAAGGUUUAAUUAAAUUUAAUUUGUGAAUUGUAACCAACAACUCACUCUAUUCCUCCCUUUCGAAGCACUAAGGUGGCUGACACAGGAUUAAGAUGUUGUCGCAUUUCCGUUUCUUUCCCGAAUGAGAUAACGUAUUUAGGGAAUGAUUUCUGUAGAGCAGUUUGUCCGUUUAGGGCUACUGUAGAAACAACAUGGUGAACUCCAUACAGGGGAUCUGCGGUGUAUGUAGAUAGAAAAAGCUCAUUCUAAGGUAAUAAAAACAUAACGCUUCAUUACGUAAGGUCUUUAUACACAUCUGAAGACAAAGUUAUGUGUAUUAUAUUGCAUUUUUGUCAAUAGAUCCUCCAAAAAAAUGACACACAGCACCUUGAAUACAUAGGAUCUUAUUUUAACGUUUAUUUUUCAUAACCCAUUGGCAGAUAUUUACCUUUUUUUGAAGCAUUAACUCAUUCGUUUGGAUCUUUCCUUAUGAAUACAAGACUUAAUAUCUUUAUUUAGCUUUUCAAGCAUCUUGAUUUAAAAGUUUUUAGAUAUUUGUACAAUAAAACCGAAGUUGAUGUCUGCCUAAAUUGUCUGCUUGUGAGCUUAAAUCGUGUACGCAGAAGAAUCACUGUCAGCGUGUCAAUAAACUUACUGCUGCAAUACUCACAUAUCACAUAAACAUAGAAUGUGUGAAGCUGGCCUUGUGUGUGUGCGUGUGUGUGUGUGUGUGUGUGUGUGAGAGACUGUAGUUUGAGGUCAUAACAUCAUGCUUAUUUUAGUCACAUCUGAUAAAACACACGAUCCCAUGAUGUGUCAGUCAUGUUUUCAAGAUGCUAAUAAAAUCUAUUCAUGCAA